CAACACUAGGAGGCUGUCUGGAUUUGGUUUGACGGAUGGGGAGUCUGUUGAGAGGAUGUGGGCUUAUCUCCGAAGAUUUGCAAGCACAACAAAGGAGAUGACGGCAUCUCGCCGUGUUGACCUCCUGACUGAUGCCCUCCUGCAUUACACUAGGCGAAAGUCCAGUGACAUGGAGCUUACUCUUAAGAAGAAGCUGGAUAGUGCAAGGAAGUCUGAGUGUGUUGCCCAAGAAGGUCUGGCAGCUGUUAUGGAGGAUGCAAAUGUCUCAAUGGAUGACAUAAAAACUUGGGCAACGAGGGAAAAGGAGGCCAUUUGGAGGGAAAAGAGUCCCACUCCAACACGUCCAGGGUGGAAGCAGGAUUAUGCAACAAAGUUACAGAAGUUAAAGGCAGUCCGGUGA